AUCCUAUCGACCUAUCGAGUCUGGUUUGUUUUUGUUGAAAAUUCCAAACAUUUGAAGAAUUCGCAAUGGGCGAGGAAACGAGCAAUUCUACGCAAAAUAAAACACGGACAAAGACCACGCGACCUAAGGCUGUGUACCUGUGGACAGUAAGCGACGUGCUGAAGUGGUACCGCCGCCAUUGCGGCGAGUACACCCAGUACGAGCAGCUCUUUGCCCAGCACGACAUUACGGGUAGGGCUCUGCUGCGCAUCACGGACUCGUCGCUGCAGCGGAUGGGUGUGACGGAUAACCGGGAUCGAGAGGCCAUUUGGAGAGAGAUCGUAAAGCAGAGACUAAAAACAGACAUCAUGGAAAUCCGCGAUAUGGAGAGGCUUAACAUACACUCGUGAUUAUGAGCUUAUUUUCUAGUUACAUUUUUGCUUUAGCCGUAGAAUAAUUAUUAAGUAAACUAUAGUUGAUAUAUAGAGGCCUUCGCUAUACUUCCAAUUGAUCUGGCUUAACUAAAACUUCCUCAAUUUAAAA